CGGAUCUUUGUUCUCUGAUAUUUUAUCCAUUCACAAGAAAAAAAAUACUAUAUUUUAUUUUUCUUUAUCGACAAAAAGAACCUUUUUAAUCUUAUGAUAAAAAUGAAAGACUUCAUAAAGAGACGUGAUAAAAAAAAGAAGAAAAUGGAGCGUGUGUGUACGCGUGUGUAUCUACUAUGUAUAGAAACUUUAGAAAAUUAGGAAGAAUCAUUCAACUUGAAGUAGAAUAGUCUCAAAGAGCCAUGGUUGACUGAUCAACCAUCGCCUUCUUCAUCCUUUUCUUUAUUUUCUACAUUAGUCAUUUAAUUCAUUCAUUAUAUAUACUUCUCUCUAAUUUCUUAAUCAUCUCUUCUUAUAGUUUUUACCCUAAAGAAAAUGGCAACCGUCGAUGUCAUCAACGGUGAUUCAAUCUCAACUCUUCAUUCUGACAUAAUCCAAACCCAAAUCUUGACCCGACUCGAUGGUCCGACGCUAGCCUCCACCGCAACAACCUCUUCUUACCUCCAAACUCUAUGCACGGAAGAGAAACUCUGGCAAGAACUCUCCAUCGACACGUGGCCUUCGAUCAAUGAUCCACGUGUUGUCCAAGCUAUCUCCUCUUUCCCUUCCGGUUACCGUUCUUUCUUUGCUGACUCGUACCCGUUCACUGAACACACGUGGCAGUCUGAAAAACAUGAUCCACCGACGGGAUUAAUCUCAGCCGUUGAUUUAUACUACAGAGGAGAGAUUAUAUACUCGAAGGUACAAGAGAUGGAAACAGAGAAAGGUAAAUCAGGAUGGUUCUUGUCAUCACCGUUUCGGGUCGAUAUACUCGACCCGAAAGAGUCGGUCCAAACCCGGAUUCGAUAUCCGGGUGGGGACUACGAAGCGUGGGUGAAAGAUAUGGAAGAGAGCAUGAAACUUAAUUGGAUACUAAUCGAUCCGAUCAAGAAACGAGCGGCGAAUAUAUCUAGUCGAAAGGCGGUGUCGGCGCGGCGGAACUGGCUAACGGGGGAUUUAGAAAUACGGUUUUCAACGGUAGUGACGGCGGAGGCGGCGGAAGUGGCGGCGGUUGUGUCAUGCGGGUCAGCGGAAGCGUGGAAAGAGGUGGAUGAGGAAGUGGGAGGAGAAAUACACGUGAGGGACGUGAGGCUACAAGUAGAGGACAUAGAAGGAAAAUGUAUGAAAGGUAGGGAUAGUUUGGUAAUUUUACAAGGGUUGUUAGAUGGAAAGAGAUCGUGUAAAGAUGAUGAAGAGAGAAGAGCUAAAGAAAGGUAUGAAGAAUACGUGCGAAUGAAGAUACAAUGGAGAGAGAAUAAAGAGAGGAGAGAAAAAGCUCAAGACACAAUUUGUAUGAUCUUUGGGUUCUCUAUGUUUGUGCUUUUGUGGAGUUUUAUUUUGUUAAGGUAAAUAACUAUAGAAAGGUACAAAAAUACUUAAAUGAUCCAAUAAUACAUACAUUUCUUUGUCAUCUUUUUUUUUUCGUUCUUUGAAUUUGUAAUAAAGAAAAUUGUUGAGAAAUAUAUACAAGAUAUUUGGUUAGAGAAGCAUGACGUAAUACUGAUUUUUUUUUGGUGUUUUUUUGUUUGUUU